AUGGGAUGCUCACCAUCCAGAGGGAACACUUUGGUGAAUCUGGGCUCCUUGAGAAGAGGAAGAAUGUUGCCCCCUGCACCUCAAGAGCAACCCAGAGAAGCUCAUUAUACAGAUGGAGAUCAUAACAAUUGUACUGGAUCUACUGUUGGCGACACUAAAGGCAGAAAGACAAGUGGACAAAAAGCAAUAUUUCAAAGAGAUGGUAAUAUGCCACCGCAAGAACACCUACAUGCAACUGUGUGUGCCCCAGAGGUAAAGGACGCAGAUAAAUUGAAGAGUCAAAGAAUGGAAAACAGCAUUGUCAUACAGAAAAAAGACAAAAAUGGGAAUAAACAGGAGAUAACAGAGAAAAAAUCAGGGAAGAAACCCCGAAGAAGAGGAAUGAAAGUGCUGAAAAAGACAGAAAAGGAAAUGCCGAAAAUUGAUUUCCCAGAGCCUCUGGUAAAAGCCCACCAAGCUGCUUAUGGCUUUCUAAAUCCCAGCAUAAACAAAUAUGAUGUUGUCCUUGGUCUACUGGAACAAGCAACUCAAACUCAAGCAUCUCUGCAGCCAAUGGUUUCUUUUAUGGCCUUGCGCUAUGAAGAAAUUAUUCGGGCACUGGAAAAAAUUGUUGAUGAAGGAGAAAUCAUGCUGAAAGAAUAUGGAGACCAACUUGCUUGGCCUUGUCAAAUGAAAAAACUCUCAUCAGCUGCAGCUUUAAAAUCUAUUUCAGCUAUUGAACCCCCACCUGAUUUGUUGCAGCAGCUGCUUCAAUACACCACACAGAGAAUGCAGAAUGUGAGCCAGACAGUUGGAGGAAUUGGGGACUCUGCCCUGGAGGAAGCUGUGGACUACUUUUCUUCAGUCUCUGAACUUUUAGAGGAGAAGCUGAAAGUCAAACGUGCAGUUGAGACCAGGAUAAUGCGACUCACCUCUCGCAUUGAAUUGGCAUCUCUUCGCAAACUUGGGCCUGAGGACUCUGCACUCUUCAGUGAGGACAGUGGUAUUGGUGCUGAGAGUGAAUCCAUUGCUGGGUCAGAAAAGCACCAUAGACGCGUGAGUUGUGAAUCCAGCGGAACAAAUAGAGCUACACCCUUCAGUCCAGUGGAAUAUACCUCCAUGACGGGAAUGUCAGUGAAAAGUCUUGCAUGUCAAAUGAGCCCAAGUGCUUCCCUUACUUCAUUGAACUCAUUAGCUUCUAUGUGCACAAUGAUGUCGAAUGCACAGGGGGACUCAUUACUAGGAUCAGUCUCUUUCGAUGAUGGUGAGGAAGAUGAUGAUGAGAACUAUAAGAGUGAUGGAGAAACCAGUAGUGGGCAAGUAAGCUUGAAAAAGCAAGCAAAUUAUUCACAUGAAAAAUGUGAACCAAAGCCACGGUGCUUACCCUUCAAAUUCAUUGAAAAUCCUAAAAACAUUGAAAUGACCAUCAAAAUGAAAAAUGCGUUGAAUGGCAAAAUACAUUGUGUUCAAGCGCAAAGUGCUGGUGCCAAAUCAAAAGUAGCAGUCAGUCCAAAAUCAGGUACAGGCCAAUGGCCUGAGGAAAAAAGACCAACUAUAAAGAGAUCGCAAACAACCGUCCGAAGAAGUGUGGUUAAAACAACCCCAGCGGCUAAAGAGAAGCGUUCCCGUUCAGCAGAAUCUUUGCGAAGCAGAGGGGAUGAUCCCACUUUGCCUGAACUGGACCGAUCACGGGAAAAAAUAGGCCAAAGAUUAAAGAAAGUCAACAAAAGAAAGGAAAAUACAAAGGGGAACCUGAAGACUACACCAUCUACAUCAUCACAAAAACAGAGAACUUCACCAGAUAACUCUCCGAAACAAAACCAAAAACAUCCAACUUUGGAGAAAGAUGGCAAUUUACGUGAAAGGGUGGCACAUUUGAAGUGUCUUACCAAAACUCAGGGAGUAACCACUAAGUUGGAGGAAGAUGAUGUGAACAAAGAUAAGAAAAUAUUCACAGGAGUUGUUAAAGCAACGCCACCCCCCAGCCCCCCUGCAUCCCCAAGACCAUCCUCAGGCCUGUACAGAGGAAGGAAUUCUGUCAAAAAACUCAUUGAUACUUUCAGUCAAGGAAUAGAAGAGAUGGACAGCCCUAAUGUUGUAGGACCACUUAGAGGUGUACGAAAGUGUGGUGUUCCGGUGUUACCAGGUUUAGGAAAUGUCAGCACUGUCCUUAACUAUGGAAAAACUAGUUGUAGAUCUCAAAGCACCUCAUGUGAAAAAAAUGAUUAUUUAGAACUGGAUCACCUUCCGCCGCCUACAUUAGAAGUAUUAUUGGACAAUUCAUUUGAAAGUGAACUUUCAUGUGGUGUAGCAGCUCAGGGGCCAGUGAAAGCUGUGACGUCACCUAUGGUAAAACGGGCAGGACCAUCACAGAGACUACGGGCCUCAGUUCAAUCUGGACCAGUGUUACCCAGCAAAGGAGGUGUGCCUCGAUGUUUAAAGGGAUCUUUUCCUGUUAAACGGGAUUCUCAAGUCACAACGUCACAGACAACUAUCAAUCAACCAGACAUUGACCCAGUGAUGGAAAUUAAUUCUACUCGGUUAAAGAAAUUCAGAAAAAUAAGAUAUUUUAAAGAUUCCUCAGAUUCAGAGUCUGAGAAAUAUUCAAUAAAUUAUGGAGCAACAUCCCAAUCUAGCGAUCCAGAUGAUUCCAUGAAUGUGCAGGAGAAUGACAACCUCUUUAUACGUGAAAUAAAUACUACAGUCUCUCAAGUGCCUCCUACAUCUGUAGCCAGUACUCAACCACUUGCCACUUCUCUGCUGUCUAAGGGGCGAAUUUUGCCAUCUACACCUUCUAUUUCAAAUUCUUCCCAUAGAAGACUUCCUAGUCCCCGCAACUUUAAAAAGUCACCAACACCGCCCUCUUCAGCUAGUCCCCCAGUUAAUAGAAAACUCACAACCCCGCCAGAAGGUCAAAUGCAUCUCUCCAGCUCUCCAGUUUUGAGGCCUAACACUUUAACCUCCUCAUACCCUUUGAAAGCACCAUCUCCACCAGCUUCUCCAAAAAUACAACGAUGGUCAAGAGAGAACAGCGCCGAAGAAUCUGCUCGGAUGAUCAGUAAUGCACGUUCUGUUUUCUGCCCCAUUUCGCCAUCCUUGUUUGAAGCCCAGCCCUCUACAACUUCACAAUUGUUUCAAGCCUGGACCUCUGUCGGAGGUGCUCUUCGCUCAACAAUUACCCGUGGAAAUCGUGGCAGAUGUUCGAUGUCAGCCCAAGGACCUCAACCUGUUAUUCGCCAAAGUCUCUCAAAAAGAAGAACAAGUAUGGACCUGACACCUAGAAACCUACUUCUUUCGAUGGCUGAGACCUUUGGAAGUGAGCCUGCAAUAUGCACACAAGGACUAGAUGAUGAACCAGCCAAGAAAGCGGAAUCAUGGGCAAGCCAAUCAGACCUCAGAGUGAUUCCACGUUCUGCAUCCCACCCAGAUCUAUAUGUUGUUGGACAAGCCUUGCACAGAGACAAAAUCGACCAAUGA